AUGAUUAUUACGCCGACGGUGGAGCGGAAUCUGGAGAGCAUUCAGCUGGCACUGGAGACCAGCAAUGCAGUCCUUAUCCAAGGCGAGAUUGGAUGUGGAAAGAGUGCAUCUGUUUUGCAUCUCGCAGAGAAGUAUGCGACUAAGGAGACGAUGAUUCAAGUGAAUGUGGACGACACAUUUGACAGCAAGGAUCUUCUCGGCAAGUUUAGCGCGACUCAGACACCUGGAGCCUUCCAAUGGGUACCGGGACCGCUGACAGUUGCUGUGCAGAAGGGGUAUUGGGUUCUCAUGGAGGAUAUCGAUCUCGCCUCGUUCGAUGUCUUUGCUGUACUCCUUUCCCUCCUUGAAAGCUCGACCCUCUUUAUUCCCGAUAAGAACAAGUUUCUGCGCGCACACGGAGGGUUUAAGUUGAUUGCGACUCAGCAGCUCUUUUCCUCCGGUGCAGCCCUUCUCACACGCAAGUCCAACUCUGUACCUUAUGCUGAGCUUUGGGGCACUGUGAUUAUGGAAAACCUGACAGCGGAAGAUAUGUGCACAAUUGUUAACCACACAUACAACAACGUUCCCUUGUCUAUCAUUCAAAGUCUGACUACGCUGGUCUCUCCAACAUAUGGCGCAAGUCUCGUUGGGUUACAGAAUCUGUUGCGGUGGAGUAAACGAGUAAGUAAGCGGUUGUCAAACACGCCCUGUAUUGAUAAUGGUAAUAGCAAAAGUACACCGGCUUUUAUUUCAUCCCGCACGCGCGAGACGAUGGUGAAAGAGGCGUUUGACUGCCUCGUAGCAAAGUAUCCUCCCGGAAAUGAGCGCACUGGGGUGCUGAGGAUGAUCUCGGAAGCUUGCGGUGUACCGAUCAAUGUUGCUGAGCCUCUUGUUCUGGAGUGCAGACCACAGGAGUCACUUACUGUGGACUUGUACUCAGUAGGAAGAGUCUGCAUUCCGCUCAUUUCUAGUGUAUAUGGGCUUUCGCGUGAAAGCCGCGUUGCAUUUGCACCAACAACGCACGCCAUGUCUCUCUUGGAGAGGCUCGCAGCGGCCGUAGAAUCACAUGAAUAUGUGCUUCUUACUGGCGAAACAGGCGUGGGGAAGACGUUUAUUGUGCAGUACCUAGCGGAUCAGCUUGGACAGACGCUAGUCGUUCACAAUCUCAAUCAGCAGACAGACACAUCAGAUUUUAUGGGCGGAUGGAAGCCGUUGGAUGUCGGGGUGACGGUGCGAGACCUGUACAGCGGAUUUACGGAGCUUUUUGCCACGUGCUUUAACGUUGAGAAGAACGCACACAAUGGAAGGAUCUAG